AUGAAGGAAGAAGACACGUACGAGGAAGAGGAACCGGCCGAGGGGCCAACUAUGGAAGAGCUACGGUUACCGGACACUCUUGAACCAGUCUGGUACAAUAUGACGCUGAAGCUGUACCUCCCGGGUUAUGUGAUGCUGCCUGAAGAAAAGAAUUUUACCACCGACGGCAACAUUCUAAUAGGAUUAGCUGUAAAGCAGCCCACAUCCGAGAUCGUGCUAAACGCCAAGGACCUCAAAUUUCCGGCAGAUGUCAAGAAAGUCAAACUUUUGACGGAACGCACUUUCACAGUAAGAGUUUUCAGUCAGCUCAUUUCUCGAAUGCAUUUUUUACGCCGGUCGUGGAACGGAUACAAAGAACUAGGCACCUCAUCCGCGCUCCCCCCCUUCCCAUAUUUUCGGGAGGAGGAAAAUAAGUCGGCUGAAGACCGACUGUAG